AUGUCUUCCUCAAACUUUGACACAGCUUGGAAACAGCUCCCCCAUCCUGCUGACCACCCAGCGUUCAGUUACAAUGGAUUCCAUCCAGCUCGCGUUACAAAUCUCCCCAAAGGCCAUGUAAAGAAAGCGGGCUUUCAAGCGUUCCCCGUGGAUGUGAUAUGGAAGCAGGAUUGUACAAUCACUAUGCGCGAUGGGAUUAAGCUCUAUGGUGAUGUUUUCCGGCCGAGUCAGGGGAAUAAAGUGCCCGCUAUCCUUCCAUACAGUCCAUAUGGAAAGGUUGCCUCGGGUGUUCAAAAUUAUGACCGCAUGGGACCCUUUCGUAUGGGAAUUCCAUACCAGCGUCUGAGUGGAUAUGAGACGUUUGAAGGUCCCAACCCUGCCGAAUGGGCUGAACGUGGAUAUGCAGUUGUUGAUAUCGAUGCUCGGGGAUGUGCGCAUUCGGAGGGCAACAUCGUUUUUUGGGGUCAACAGGAGGCAGAGGAUAUCUAUGACUCUAUUACUUGGGUAUCUCAACAGCCAUGGUGCAAUGGAUCAGUUGUUCUUGCAGGGCACUCGCAUAUCCCAAACCAACUUUGCCUCCCGUUUCACUCAUCCAGCUCUCAAGGCGAUCGCCCCAUGGGAAGUUUGAUCAUGGGCGGAUUCGCCGGCCUGGCUCACAUGGAAGAUUUUGCAAAGAUGUUACAGGAACAUCCGAUGUAUGAUGCCUACUGGGAGAGUAAAAACAUCGACACCAAGAAUAUUCGCGAUCUUCCGGUGUACUUCACAGCCUCAUACUCGACAGGCCUUCAUACUGAAGGAUCUCUUGGGGGAUUCCAGACAGCAACUACUUCGAAGAAAUGGAUUCGGAUUCAUGCAUCCCAAGAGUGGCACGAUUUAUACACGGUUGAAGCAAAUGACGACCUUCAACGCUUCUUCGAUUACUAUGCGAAAGCAAAGACAAUUGUCGAGCGAUCUGAGAAGCAGUGGCCUUCUGCCCACCUGCGCAUGGAGAGGUAUUAUCUUGACGCCGCCACAAAGUCACUUAGUUCCUCCCAACCGGAGGCCAUCACAGCGACUACACAUGAGAGCCACUCGUUCACUGAUUCGUCGGACUUCAGGCUGAUCUUCCCCGAGUACACGGAGCUCUCUGGGCGACCAUUUGUCAAGCUCUUUAUGUCAGCCCCCUCACAUGAUGAUCUCGACGUUAUUGUGCAGAUUCGCAAGCUGUCUGCUUCGGGCGAAGUCCUAGAGUCGCUUAAUUGGUCUCCCAUGCCACAACCGCAGCCAGAAGUGCCCAAUGUAAAUGUCGCCAAGCACCUCGGUCCUCAGGGAAUGCUUCGCGCCUCUCAUCGCGUUAGUAUGGCGCCUCGCGUCAGUGACGAUGAGUAUCCCUCAUAUGAUCACCACUCUCGGCAACCGAUUACGCCUGGUGAGAUCGUGGAGCUGCUAAUUCCCAUCUGGCCCAUGGGUGUUGUGUAUGAAGCAGGCGAGGGAUUGAUGCUGAAGAUUGCAGGCCACGAUAUGUCAUUGCCAGAGGUUGAGAUGUUGAGGCCAACUGAGCCUCGCGAUGAGAACAAAGGACAGCAUAUCGUUUACACGGGCGGAGAAUAUGAUAGUUACCUGGCUCUCCCGCGCAUUGUAUAA